UCAUCCUCUGCCGUCAUGGCGCGCGCUCCGGAUGCAGUUGUCAUGGAGACGGAGGAGAGCCCAGCGUCCGCCGGCGGCUCCGUGGAGCCGGAGGAGAGCGCUCGGCACGGAAACUAUCGGAUGCUGAUUGUGAUCGGAGAGAUUUCCACAGAGCAUCACCUGGAAGUUGCCCGGCAACAGAUCACGCAAGGUUUGCUCUCCUGGAACGUCGAUCUGUCCGUCUGCGACCUGAACAAGGAGCUGCAGCUGUUCAGGACCAGACACACCGCCCAGUUUUCUCCCCAAGUCCAAGGUCAGAGAAAUCUGAGGUACCAGAGCGACGUCCUGCAGACGGUGGUGUUGGUGAACCCGGCAGAGGAGGCAGUUUCUGCAGAGACCACUUCUCUGAUCGCUGACGCUGCUGCUAACAAGUUGCUCAUUCUGAGCGGCCAGAGCUCCGACCAGGGAGGAGACGUUCUCCUGCAAAGUGGAGCCUUUACCUGGCAGCAUUUUUCUGAUAUCAUCUCUAACCCUCAAGUCCUUGACGUCCUGUCCGAGGCCUUCCCUGAGCUGCCGUCGAGGCUUACUGUUUCCUGUCAGGGAGACGGCGGCUGGAGCUCCCUGGGCCACAGCCAGGAGCAGCAGCCACUCCACAGUGUUCUUGAAUAUCGCUUAAACCCCGAGCCCCAUCUCCCCAACAUGGACGGAGUCACAGAGUUCACAGAGUACGUCUCGGAGACGGUGGAUGUACCGUCGCCGUUUGAGCUUCUGGAGCCGCCCACCUCUGGCGGGUUCCUGAAGCUGUCCAAACCCUGCUGCUACAUAUUUCCCGGAGGCAGGGGAGACUCUGCUCUGUUCGCCGUUAAUGGAUUCAACAUUCUGGUGGACGGAGGGUCAGAGAGGAAGUCCUGCUUCUGGAAGCUGGUUCGCCACCUAGACCGGAUCGAUUCUGUCCUGCUCACCCACAUCGGUGCCGACAACCUGCCUGGAAUAAACGGGUUGUUCCAGAGAAAGAUCGCAGAGAGGGAGGAAGAGAAGAACCAGGGGUCUGGAUCCAGCAGCAAUGGUGACUGGAUGAAGAAUCUGAUCUCCCCUGAGCUUGGCAUUGUGUUUUUCAAUGUGCCAGAGAAGCUCAGGAUGCCGGAGUCUACCCUGAAGGUAAAGCGGAGCAUUGAGGAGGCAUCUCUGACACUGCAGUACCUCAACAAGCUUGGCAUUACGCCUGAACCUCUUCACAGGGCGGUCAGCAACACCAUCGAACCGAUAACACUGUUCCACAAACUCGGCGUGGGAAAGCUGGACAUGUAUGUUUUAAACCCCGUGAAGGAGAGCAAAGAGAUGCAGUUUCUGUUGCAGAAAUGGGCGGGGAAUAGUAAGGCCAAGACAGGAAUCCUGAUGCCAAACGGAAAGGAAGGAGAAAUAUCCGUGCCCUAUUUAACGUCGGUCACUGCUCUAAUCGUUUGGAUCCCACAUCGACCCACAGAAAAGAUAGUCCGCGUUCUGUUCCCUGGAAAUGCGCCGCAAAAUAAAAUCUUCGAGGGGCUUGAAAAACUGAAACACCUGGACUUCCUUCGAUACCCUGUGGCCACUCAGAAAGAGAUAUCCUCUGGCGCGCCUCCUCCGAUCAUCAAGCAAACUAAAAUACGGUCCAGAACAGACAGCAAGGAGAGUCUCAAAUCUUCGCCCAAACCCCAUGCAAAGAAAGAAGCCUCUAAGAAAGAGGCCAGCGGGCAGGAGGAUGAGUCAAGAAGUGAUGCCGCUAAAGAAAAUAAAGUUGAAAAGAAAGAAGAGAAGAAGCCCAAAAGCAACAGCUUAAAAGCCACCAAGCAGCAGAAAAACAGCGAAGUGGCCCCUGGAGCCGAGAAGUCGGCAAAAAAGAAAAUUUCCAAGGAAAAAUCUUCAAAGCCAGAGAAAGCGUCUAAGAUGGACGAAAAGAAAGACAAAGAGAAAAAAGAAACCAAGAAAGAAAAGGUGAAGAAAGACGAGAAUAUAAGGAAGGAAGAGAAAAAGGAGAAGAAGGCAAAGGAGGACAAGAAGAAGGACCCGGGCAAACCGGAGCUGAGAAAAAUCACCAAACCUGACUUGAAGCCACUCACCCCUGAAGUGAGAAAGACUCUGCACAAGGCCAAGAGUCAGGCGAAGCCCAAAGCUGACAAAAAUAAGGCCGUUAAGGAGGAAGCAAACGAGAAAAAGCCAGCGCCAAAGAACAUCCCUGAAGAGGUUGCAGCAGCAGCUCUGGCUGACAGGUCCAUCGUGUCCUCACCUGAAGACCUCACCGAGGACUUUGAGGCUCUAAAACAAGAGGAGAUGUCCGGACAGAAGACUGGGUCUAUCCAGAAUGAUGUGACCCCUGAGCCUCUGGUGCACGUAGACACUAAAGUUUCUCCUCAAGCUAUGCCCGAUGAAAAGUUAGCAUCCGCAGCCACUGAGAUGAAGCCUGUUGGAUCUAAAACCCCCGACAUCCAAGAGGACAACAAAGACAAACAGACAGUUGUCGCUGCUCAACAAAAAGAAGUGAGUCAUGGCUUUGACAAAAAGUACGAGGAGGAGAAAAUGGAGAAAUAUGACUUUUUUAAAGAGAGUGUGACUGACAGAUCAAAGAAAAGCGAGAGCUCAGAGGAGGAGGGUGACGUGAUUGAAAAAGCCGAACUGGAAGGAACAGAAGACGAUGAAGUGUUGAAAUGUAAAACGGAGGAGGGGAAAAAGGAGCGGGACGCCAAACCAGCCGAGCAACAAGCUACGACGGCCACUGCGCCUCUAGUGGCCUCCGCCUCCGAGCAGUUCUCCUUCAUCCAAGAUGAGACCAUCCCUGGUUACUCAGAGACGGAGCAGACCAUUUCCGAUGAGGAGAUUCACGAGGAAACCGAAGACAAGAUUCCACAGCUGCGCUAUGAUGUGGGCUCCUAUGACAUCUCCGUCCCAGAUGUCCCUGGUACAUUCGAAUCCAUGCACGGGAUCAAAGAGAUGAAGACCUCUGUGGUUUCUGAUGUUCCAGAUGUCAAACCUAAAGCUUUUGUGGGGAGUCAGGAGCCUGAGCUCGCGCCUUAUCCUGCCAUCAUUGCAGCUCCGCUUGCAGAAGAGGAGCAUAUCUCUUCUGCAACAUCCAUCACAGACUACGACAGACUCUCGUCUUUUGCCACGUCGGUGGCCGAGGACCAGUCAAUCACCUCGGUGACGGCACCUCAGACCGAAGACGUUGGGAGGAAUUCCCUCCUGCUGGACACCGUCAACAGCACCCCAUCGCGUGCAGAGGCUGCCCAAGGAAAAGACUAUCUCCACUCAGCAGGAACCAUAUCUCCCACCUCCUCUCUGGAGGACGACAAGUGUUUUAAAUCUCCGUCCUCUGACGAGUACCAGCCCAACAUUCCAGAGAUAGAGAAGGAUGCAAAGACCAAAACGGUCCACGAAGAAGAAGAUGAGGAGGAGGAUGACGAUGAAGACCAAACUCCUAAUGUUGAUAUCCCUCUGGGUAAACUUCAAGAGGGCUACGAACAAGCCUUUGCGCUCCAGGAGCAACAGAAAUCUCCCUCGACUGUCAUUCCCACGCAGGGUGUCAAGGACGACCAGACUCUCCUUAGUACAGAAACAUUUAAGACUGCUGCUGAGACAAAGCCCAUCUCACCCCCUCCAUCUUUCUCCCCUGGGCUAGAGUCUCGAUCCAGGCAGGACAGUGAAGAGAGAUGCUUUAGUCCUGAUGACAGCACCAUGAAGCUGGCCUCACCCACGCAGUCAGUGCCCACAAGCAGCGGUUACUCUCCAACUGAAGAGAAAGCCUUUAAGGCAGAAGAAAGAGAUGAAGGGCUGACCACCGCUAAAGCUGAGGUCCAGAUAACCGACCGAUCAGUCACCAUCUCAGACAAUACCUCCUUCAUUGGCUUGCCGGGUGACAAGACAGCGUUUGAAGCAUCCGAGGAAUCUGAUGAGGACAGCGAGGACGAUUAUUACAACAAGAAGGACCUAAAACCUGCUUUAAAAGCUAAACUCAUGGAAGCAAAGGAGGGUUGCUUUUUAGAUGAUGACUUGACGUUAGAAGGGAAAGCUACGAAGACAGAGUCGGACACUCAGAGUUCAGACAAGACACAGGUGUCCUUUAGUACAAUGGAGAAACCCAAACCAAAAGUGAUGUUUUCUGAUGAAGAAGAUGAAAAAGAUGACGAAUUUCAAAAAUCUAAAACCCCUAUAGAUGAAAAGGACAAAGUGGAGACAACAGAUAUUAACGUCAAGGAGCCAGAGAAAAGUGUCCAUUUCAGUCUUUAUGAGUAUCCAGAGAAAGAGAGCAGAGAGAGGGCAGUGUACACCAGACAGGACACACCAUAUGUUCACGGCAAAACCUUUUCUUACGGUGAUAUUUAUGACAGCAAAACAAGCUCAGAGGAGUCUGAUUUGUACCGAGAGGAGUCCCUAGAUAACGUAGAGCAAGAAGCUUCAAAGGGUGAAGCAGAUUUGCACAAGCAGGAGCCCUCGUCACCAGACACGGUAUCGGCCAAAGCGUUAGAAAAAGAAGAAAAAGAGCACUCCCCCUCUUCAUGGCUUGAGUCCAAGAGUACGCCAGCAACAUAUCAAUUUGAAAAAGAGGUUCAAGAAACGGAGAAGCUUGUUUAUAGCCAGACUAGUCGAUUCCCUUCAGUGGCUGACCGGCCUGAAGCCUCAACCACUUGUUUGUCAGAAAAGGAACCACCUCUCAGCACAAAGUCCCCGACUUUCUCCUCAGUCACACCCGACGUUCCUUCGGCUUCAGGUUACGGUGAAAAAGGAGCAUGUUUAGAGAUCGAUAUGCGAAAGCUAACGGCAAGAGACGAGGAAGACUAUGAUGACGAUGAAGUUAUCUGCGAUGACGAUGAAGAAGACGAAGAGAAUGAAGAGGAUGAAGAGGAUGAAGAUGGCAUUGAUUCUGACAGGGAGAAAGGUGCUAAAGACAAAUCUGAGAAAGAUGUAAUAAGUCCAGUAAGCCAAAUGCUGAGCUUAAACAGACCUGAGUUUAUGCUUUCUAUGGCGGGAUAUAGUUACAACAGUCAGGGAAAGCCAAGCAUCACAGAGACCAGCUCAAGUUCAGUCACCAAGGCUGAAGAUCAAGCCCAGGCGGACUCCUCCUGUGUCAGUGGAAAGCCAGUGGAUGUAGGGGCUGCCGGUUUAUCUAGUUACUCAUCAGGUGUUGAAUACUCGUACAGAAGAGAUGAAAAAGAGCCGUUUUUGUCAAGUCAGACUGGAGACAAAGAAAGUGAUUUCCCUUUGAAAUCAAGAGAGGACAGUUAUUACCAAAGCCAAAAAGAUGAUGCUGAAUUUGAAAAGCAGAAGACGCCAGACAUUCUUAGUAAGAGCUCAUUGGAAACAAGCUUUCAGUACACAACCACAGCUGCUGCCCCUGGCUACUCGUCCUCUUCGGCCUACAGCUACUCCUCCUCCACCUCAGGCUCCCUCUCUACCAGCCGACAGUUCGGAGAGGAACUGGAGACACCUGCGUCCGCUGAGCCCCUAUUCGAGUAUUCCUCAUUUAAAGACGAACAGUCGCUUGUCAUGGAUUCUCCCUUCUCCAGCUCAGCUGGAACCAAAGAUGACUACCUUGAAGUGUCUGAGAAGCAAGUCACUGUAACAACCACAGCGGAGUCCAGCUCCAGUUUAGCUCGCUUUUCACCCCUUAGUCCCUUUGAGGAGGUCAAAUCCUUCCCAGCAGUCUCAUCUGCCGCUACUGUUCCAGAGAAGAAGGAACAUGCAUCUCCAUUGGGUGGCGUUGCUGAUAAAGGGCCUCAGUCUGACUGUUUCUAUAAGCCUGAAUGGUCUGAAGAUACCAAGCUGGACACAGCUGCUGGGUUUGGAGCCUCUGCGGUUCCUUUUGCCGACUUCUCAAUGAAUAAAGAAGCAGCCAGUGCUGCUUUGUUUGGUGUCACUUCCUCUCCUCGGCCUGACAUUGAAGGCAAGCAUUACUUUGAGGAGACUGAUAGCAGCGAAGAGGAGGAUGAGGAGGCAUAUAUACGUGAACUGACUAAGAGGUCUCCUUCCAGCGGACCCACUGGUGGCCUCCCAUUUUGUGACAAGCCAGUUGCUCCGGCCUUCAGCGACAACACGAAUGACGCACUUCCAGAUGUGCUUGGCUCUUACAUGUCAACACCUCCCCAGACAAGCAAGCCAGACACAACAAACGGCCCAACAGAGGUAAGCGCUAGCAGCACAUUUCCUGCUGGGGUAACAACAGCUGAAGCACCUUCUGCCGCGGCCAGAGUGGAGUCCAAAGAGGGAGCGGCAGGUUACGUCCGGAGUUCCUAUGAGUGGGAAAUGCCCAAACCUCAAAGGGGAAUGGUGCCUGGAGACUCCCCUCCUCAUUACCGCCAUGAUGACGAGUUUGAGGAGGAAUGUGAGAUGGAGCCAGAGCACCCUCCUCGCCCGCUUUCACUUGCUUCAACCAAUCAGCCAUUCCACUCGCCAUUCUACGCAGAGGAGUGCAGUCGAGGUGAGCAGGAUGAUGAUGAUGAUGAUGACAGUGAUCAAGACUUACCUAUAGGAGCAACCUCCUCGUACACCAGCCGCAGCUCUCCUGGAUACUCGUCCUCUGAAUUCAGGCAGCGCAAAGAAGACCUGUCACCAUCCUUCAUCAACCCCUGCAUGAGGCGGCUUUCCAGUGAUGAGGAUGAUGAGGAGGAAGGUCGUAGGAGUGAUCAAUCACAGGAAGGGGAUGAACAUGACCUGUCGGUCAAGAAGAGGGCUCACAAACAACCCCAUGUUCACCAGUCCCACAGCAAGGACAGCGGCUCUCUGCACCAGGCUGGUGGUAUGUCCGCUGGACUGUGUCUGGCCACGGAGGACACCCCACCCACCUCCGUCAGCGAGUCCCUACCCUCUCAGUCAGAGUCCGAUCUGCAUCCUGGAACUGAAGAGUACCCCUCAGUUACCGGUGAAGGUAACAUGGACUCAGACGAGGAUGGAGAGUAUAUGCCGAUUGAUAAAUCUGCCACCGGGCGAAGUAGCCACCAUUCUGCUUCCAGGAGGAGCCAAGAUCCUCCUCCUGCACCGCUUCUGGACCCUUACCCUCAUCCUCCUCACCCAGAUGUCUGCAUGGUGGAUCCUGACUCUUUAACUAAUGGCUCUCUGAAGAAGGAACCAAAAGCAAAAAGCCUGAAGAAGUCUUCGAGCAAAACAAAAUCAGGCUCUCCAGCCAGGCGUAAGAGGUCCCCCAUGCCUGUCAAACAGACGGCAUCACCUCGAAGCGCCUCACUAAAGAAAAAGGACACAGACAAGAGCUCACGCAUGUCUCGUCUGUCAGAUGGACAAGGCUCCAAAGAAGAUGACGUCUCCAGAUCAAGCUAUAACCCCAGCAAAGGGCUGACAAACGGUGUCAAAACCAGCUCAGGUUCUCAGAAAUCCGGCUCUGCUGCCGCUCCCGGCCUUCCCAUUUACGUGGAUCUGGCCUACAUUCCCAACCACUGCAGUGCUAAGAACGUGGACCAAGAGUUUUUCAAACGCAUUCGCUCUGCAUACUACGUAGUGAGUGGAAACGACGCUUCAGGAGGCGAGCCUAGCCGAGCAGUCCUUGAUGCUUUGUUGGAUGCCAAAGCCCAGUGGGGAUCAAACCUACAGGUGACGCUGAUCCCCACCCAUGACUCCGAGGUGACCCGUGACUGGUACCAGCAGACCCACGAGAGGCAGCAGGAGCUCAACAUCAUGGUCCUGGCCUCCAGCAGCACUGUCGUCAUGCAGGACGAGUCCUUCCCAGCCUGCAAGAUCGAGUUUUAAGAUCGUCCAACCUCCCUGCUGUAGAUGGCUUCUAAUUAAUCUUUGCUGUUUCCUUUCUGUCUCUGCUCUGGCCAUUAGUGUGUAAAGCAGAGACGGGUGAGGGGAACUUUUUUGUGUUAUUGUUGAUUUCUAAGCUUGGACGUGGGCCACUACGGUACUUUUUAACUAGUCGUCAUCCUCCUCUGGAUUAAUAAUCAUCAUUAAAAUCUCUCCUGUGCCAGAGCCCUGAACUGCUUCACAUUUAGUCAUUUUACAACCACAAACUUCUUGUCUUAGAGGGACAGAUUUUUUUUUUGCCAAGUCUUCUUU